GGAACGGGACCUCAGAGUGAUUCGUCCUUUUGUGUAUGUGAGAGAGAAAGCCUUACGCCAAUUUGCUGAAAGUAAGGGACUCCCUAUCAUACCAGAGAAUUGUCCAGCCUGUUUUGAAGCUCCUAAGGAGCGUCAUCGUACCAAGCAGCUCCUGGCUCAGCAAGAAAUACUGUUCCCUAAAAUUUUCUGGAGCUUGCGGUCUUCUCUUCACCCUCUUUUGAGUUUUCGGUACACUGGACAGGAGGGUGCUGUUUACAGUAAAAAUAGGAGAAAGUCAUCAUCUGGAGUAGAUCCACCUGGAUCUGCACCUCCACAGGAUGGAUCAGAUACUGAGGAAGAACCAAUCAGUUAAAUCCAUAGGAGAAAAACAUUCACAUGUUGUUGAUAAGACUGGAAAGAAAUUUCUUGUUCCUUUAAUGGUAUUACAGGACUGCAGCAAAAACAGAAACAAACUUUGGUUUGUAAAUCUUAAAGUAAAAAUCAACACAGUGAGCCAUUGUCAAUACUUGCCACUGUUAAUGAGUGACGAAGCUUUCUAUUGCCCAAAGUGUACUUAGGCGCUCCUUAUUUUAAAGAGAAUGACAGUCUGUUAGUUACAUCUAAGAUUUUCUGCCAAUAUCAUAGAUUGAUUGAUUCUUUUGUUUUAGCCAUUUUUGUUUUUGUUGCACAUGGUUAUUGAUUGUAACUUUCCAAUUUAAAACUAUGAUAUUGUAGUCUUUUCAUUUUAUUACAUUAAUCAUGUGGUACCCAUUUCUCAUUGUAGAUAAUUUAUUUCAUCAAAUCAGUAAUCUGAUAGAAGCAUGUUUUUAAGGCUGUGUUUCAUUGGCAGUAUAGUUGCUACAGAGGUCAUUCGUUAAUGUAUAUUGAAUGUGUGUAUAUAGCUCUUAGGUUAAAUGCAUACAAAUGAAAAUAAUCAAAUUUGUUAAAGUCACAAAGUUCUGCUGUCAGUGAAUUGACCUGUAGGUCUGAAUAUUUAAUUAUUCCAUUAUUUAGCUGAUAACUUUGGAUAUGUGUGCAUCACACACAACUGGAGACAAGUUGUAGUCUCUUGAUUAAAAUACACAGUUGAGAGUACAAAUUAGUAAUGUAAAGAAUAAUACUUCUUAUUCAUGCUGAUGCUGACACAUUUUUAAAUUGUCUCUCAAGUGUAUGAAAAGCAAAACAUUGGCUGUGCCAAAUACUGGUAUGCACUUAUUUGCAUAUGUGAAUAUUUAUGUACAUAAAUGCUUGUGAUACUCAAAAGAGUGACCAAGCAGUUCCACUUAUUAAAUGUGAUAACAAAGAGAUUAAACAGUCUUCUCUCUAAAGGCAACAAAUGAGAUCUGUUGAAGCUUACCAAUUAUUUUUAAUUUUUUUCCAAGUAUGUGUCUGAAGUUGUUUUAAUUGUUGAGAUAUUUCUUGUGGAUUGAGUGAGUACCUUCUUGUAGGUCUACUGCAACCAGUGUAGGUCUAAAAUGUACUAAAGGUAUGGGCUACUUAAAAUGUUCUUUUUAUUUUUGAUGACACUCAUGUCAGGUACGCCAAUUGUGUACAGUUGUAGGAUUUUCGAAUAGCAUUGAUAUUAGUUGAUUUUAAUAAAGAAAUAUAAUUGAGAAUAGUUUUAGUACUGCACUUCUGUAGAUACUAAUUAUUCACAGGCUAUCCAAUUAUUUACUCAUGUACGUAAACUUCCAUCAAUGUUUAGUGCUUGUAUCUCAGUGUACGAUGAGUGUACUUUCAGCAUUAUCAUGUUAAGAUUCUUCAAAGAUUCAAACUCAUACCAUUUAUUUUUCAUUCAAUGUGUUCCUAUUUCAAUACUGUGUUUACAAUGUUCAUUGUUACUGAGCUUCCAAGAGGUUCUUGGCAUAUCUAAAGAUGCCUGCUUCAAUUAUUGGGAGAUAUGAUAAAAAAAAUAAUUAUGUGUAUGUACUUGUAACGUAGAGUUCAUUACUUAUUGGUGUUGAGUAAUAAUUUUAUAACAAUAUUCUGACGUUUGGGUGUGCUUUGCACGCAUGUCUAUGAUUGGGAUGCCUUUCUUUGUUCAAUGAAAUUGAAUGGAAGUGGUGAACCAGUUAAUACCUCAAACUUACUUACCUUACAGUGGUGGUCAACAUCAUUCAUUCAUUCAUUGUCUCAUCAUGAAAAACUACCUUAAUAUAUAAUUUUACAUUGUGUAUACAAUUUAUAAACAUUGUUCAUAAUGACUAUUGUUGCUUUCAAUACAGUAUAUUGGCUCUGGUAGCCAACUUCA